AUGGGUCCCCUGACAAAGUUCCAGCAGUGCACCAGAUUUGCAAUGCUACUCCGAGAGUGUGACGAGCCAAGACAACUCGCUUGCGGCAGGCAUCUCCACGCGCAAAUCCUAAAUGGCGACCUGGGCGGCGAGACAUUCCUCUCCAACCUCUUGAUCCAAAUGUAUGGCACCUGCGGGAGCUUGCAAGACGCGAAGCAGGUCUUCGAUGGGAUCCAAAGGCCAAACAUCUUCUCCUACACGAUCAUGAUCACAGCCUUGGUUCAAGCUGGCCAGAGGAGGCGCGCCUUAGAGCUGUAUCACCGCGUGGAUCUGGAAGGCCUCGCUCCGGACGAAGCCACUCUUGUCAUCGCCAUCGCUGCUUGCGAGAGCUUGUCCCAAGGCAAGGCAAUCCACCAGCGUCUUCAAGCCAGAGGAAAGAUGAACUUGAUCUCGGCCAACUCUCUCCUGGGCUUGUAUGGACGGCUCGGCAGCAUCGAGGGCGCGGCGUGCCUCUUCCAUUCCAUGCUCGAGAGAGACGCGGUUUCGUGGACUUCGCUUCUAUCGGCAUAUGCCCAGAACGGACAUAGCCGGACAGCGCUAGAUCUGUACAAACAAGGCGCGAAUGUGGAGGAGAACGAGGUAACGUACAUUGUGUUGCUUGGAGCUUGUGGCGAGCUUGGAGAUCUUGCCCGGGGAAUGGAGCUCCAUGCCAGGAUCGUUUCGAGGAUGAGCAGCUGGGUCGACUCGAGCAACGCGGUGGUGCUGGCGAAUGCGAUGGUGACCAUGCUUGCGAGGUGUGGGAGCUUGCCUCGAGCUCGAAAGUUCUUCGAUCGAAUCGCAGCGGCCAAGACAAGGGUAUCGUGGACAGCAAUGCUCGCAGCUUACGUCCAGCAGGGGCUCGUGAGCAGUGCCAAGGAGGUCUUCCACGCCAUGGCGGUCGAGGGAGAGUCGCCGGACGAGGUUACGUUUGUGAGCUUGCUUCAUGCGUGUAGCCAUGGCGGUGAACUGGAAGAGGCUGCUCAAUACUUCGGAUCCAUGGUGAGUGACUACGAUCUGUCCCAGAGCAACGAGCACUGCCGCCGCUGCUUGCUGGACCUCCUGGGCAGAGUUGGAUGGCUAGACGAAGCGGAGAGGCUGCUAGCCGAGGAGAAGACGCUGGGAUCCAGUGUGGUGGCGUGGAAAACUUUCCUGGGUGCUUGCAAGACUCAUAGCUCGGCCAGGCAGGCACAGUGUAGCUCUCUCAAUCUCCGGAAGCUCCAGCCAGGGGACGCUACCUCUUAUGUCAUGCUUUCCAAUCUCUACGCUCACAAGUCGCAAAACACAUAG